UAUUAAAUAAGGUAUAUUAUAUAUGCUCAAUCAUUUCCAAACCCUUUUUAUGGCCAACAACGCAGACAGUACAGACAUUCCAUUUCUUAACAAAUAUACAAUUAAUUACGAUCCGAUUAAUCAGCUCGUACGAGGUUGCAAGAAUGGCGUCUGUCCCAAACCCUAACAAGCCCUGCAAGAAUUCCUUCCACCGGCGGAAGGAUUCCGACGAGCUCGACGUUUUCGAGGCUGCCGGGUACUUCUCCGGCGCCGUCAACGACGAUCUGAUUAAUCCAGGCAGAGAAGAGAGGCACGAUCGUGUUCAGAAACCCUCACGGAUGAGCCUGGAUAAUGUUAGGGCGAGGAAUCCGAUGAUCGCCGGGGCCGGCGCCCGCGACAAUCGGCAGAAGCUUCAGAAGAAGGAAAGUUCAAAGAAAUGCAAGCAACCGAGCUCUCCCGGCGGCCGCCUAGCGAGUUUCCUCAACUCACUUUUCCACCAGGCGUCGUUGAAGAAGAAGAAACCCAAAUCAGGUGGCGGCGGAGGCGGCGCGACGGUGGAGGAAGAAAUCAGCCCCGGCGGCGUGAGGCGGAAAAGACGGAGCAGCAUCAGCCAUUUUCGGAUCACGGCGGCGACGGCGGCCGCCGAAUCAAAGGUCGCGUUUCCGUCGUCGUCGGGUUCGGGUUUCCGAACGCCGCCGGCGUAUGUCGAUACUCCGAUAAAGUCGUACAGGGAAUUCCUGAGCUUGCACGAUCGGCGGCGCCCGGCGGCGAUUGACUGUAAGAAUCCUGCUGUAGAGAUCAUGGAGGAAGAUCUAGGGAUUGGGAAAAAAUUAGGGUUUCAGAACAGCAAUUCGUGGGAUCGAUGUACGAAGUUGAGCGAAGAAGACGAUGAUGGAGGAGACAGUACGGAUUCCAGCUCUGAUCUAUUCGAUUUACCAAAUCAUGAGCUGGACUUUUACUCCCGGGACCUCCCUGUCUAUGGGACUACUCAUAUGGGCAGAAUCAAUUGCAAUAGCAAUGUGGGUGCACCAAUUCCUAGUGCUACCACAUGAAUGUUAUUACAAAAAAGAUAAAAUUAAAAUAUAUAAUAAUUAAAGAAACUUUUUUAAAUGCAUUUUUAUUUUUUCAUGUAAAUGUAUAUUGUUGAGUUUCUUU